CCUCGUUUGUUGGCCGGCGCUGAAGAAGAGGACGCUUCUACAAACAAGCCGUGUUUCCGCUCUAUGCCUGUACUGCUGCAGCACUGUAGCGCCAGGCGCGGCGGACCUGUGCCGCACCUCUGCUUGUCCUGGAGCGCACCUGGGCUCGCGGGGAGGAGCCCCGGGGCGCCCCGGCCCCAGGUGCACCGGUCCGGCAGCGCGGCGCCCUGCGUGUGCAGCCCUCGGCCAUGGCGUCCCACACACUUCGCGAAACUGGGAGAGCACACGCACACACGCCCGGUCUCUCUCCGAGGAUGUAACGUGGAGCUGCCAUUGCGGUUUUAUUGGUCGAAUUCAUUACGAGGAGGUAGCAAGAGAAGCAUCUUUAUUACCGAGCCACCAUUAAACACAGCAGAGGACAUUUCUCUCCUUCACACUACGGGCAGGACGGGAUGUUGUUGUCGUGUCAUUAGCAUCUCUGUGGAUUUUGUUUUUGCAUGGUGUGGUGUUAUUAAGGGGAGUGGAUAGAGCCCCCCUCCCCCUGUUAAACGGCAUAACAGAGUAAUACCCUUCUGUCCAUAUUCUCGCUCACCGUUAUGGCAAACGAAUCGCUAGCAAAUGGAGGAGGACCGAGUCAGUCCAAACCCCGGAGCCUUUCGUCCUCCGCGGAGCUGAACGCAUCCAUGGAGCGCAGCGUCCAGACCCGGAUAUUUAAGAUUAUCGUGAUAGGGGACUCGAAUGUGGGGAAGACCUGCCUAACCUUCCGCUUCACCGGAGGGAGCUUCCCGGACAAAACAGAGGCCACUAUCGGCGUGGAUUUCAGGGAGAAGGCGGUGGAGAUCGAAGGUGAAAAAAUCAAGGUGCAGGUCUGGGACACGGCAGGUCAGGAGCGUUUCAGGAAGAGCAUGGUGGAGCACUACUACCGUAACGUCCACGCCGUCGUCUUCGUGUACGACGUCACCAAAAUGGCCUCCUUCGAGAACCUCAAGACCUGGAUCCAGGAGUGCAACGGGCACCACGUGUCGCCCUCCGUGCCCCGCGUCCUGGUGGGCAACAAGUGCGACCUGGUGAGCCAGAUCCAGGUGCCCUCCAACACGGCGCUGAAGUUCGCCGAUGCCCACAACAUGCUGCUGUUCGAGACCUCCGCCAAGGACCCCAAGGAGACGCAGAACGUGGAGUCCAUCUUCAUGUGCCUGGCCUGCCGCCUGAAGGCCCAGAAGUCCCUGCUGUACAGGGAUGUGGAGAGGGAGCAGGGCAGGCUGCAGCUGUGUCACGAGCCCAGCCCCAAGAACUCGUGUCCCUGCUGAGCGAGCCGUGCCCUCUGUCCCCCUGGAAGCAGCUGCAAGAAUUUCAGACAUGCAGAGAUAUAGUCAUGUAAAGGACUGGUCUAAGGGAAAGAAUGUGCCUGCAUUUUGUUUUUCUGAAAAACGUUUGUGCAAGAUUAACCCUUCUUCUUGGAUUUCUCUUUUGAAUUCUUCCCCUCCGUUGCAAAUCAGUGCAUAUCAUCCCACUGCCUGUUUUUUUAAGUCUCUUAUGGCCUUCCGAUCGCAGAGAUGCCAAAGGUUUGCCGCCCUUCAUCAAGAACUGAGAAGGACAAUGUCCCUCAGCAUAAAAAAGUACUGGUUUGUGCUGCUCAAAGUAAUUUGCACUCUCAUAUAAAAUCCCUUGCUAAUAUAGAAUAAGAUUUCUUAAAUUACAGAUGGAUGUAUUUCACUCACGGAUAGGUUUUUCAUAUUAUUACUAGAAGUACUGAAUAAUAACCCAGCAAACUCAAAAAGAUGUCCAGUUUCCUGCAUACAGUGACUCUUUUAUAAAAGAAAGUUAAUUUCCAAUCUAGUUAUGUACAGGGACAUGCACACAAAAAGUUGCAGUUCUCCUCACAGUAACCUGGUGUGUUUCUUAUUUCUGUCUGGAGCGAUGUGUGUCAAGGAUGACAUCGACACCCUCCUACGCUCGGAAAGGACUCUGUCUCCUUGAGGGAGCAGGUCAGCUGUCACUGAACGAGACAAACGAAUUGGGUAAAUAACCUUCUCAGUCCUACCAUGUUCCUUUUAGGUAAAUAUUUUUUUAAGUUUAAUCUGAAUAAUUUACCUUCAUUGACCACAAAACUAACAUAUAGUCAGUGUGUGAAUGGGGCUAUGGUCUGACUGACUUGACCGGAGAUGGAUGUUGGUCAGGAUCAGGGUGCCUUUAUUCAAAUGCAGCAGAAAAAUUUUGCAGUAAGAUGAGCAAUAAUGACAUUUUUAAAAUGUUGUCAUUAAGGCCAUUUAUUGUCCUGAAUGCCUCUCAUGUUACAGCACUAGGUCAGACAAGUAGUACUGCUGGUGCCUUAAUCAUAUUGCUGUCAUGUGCAGCAUGACAGGUUUUAUCAUUUAAGGGUGAAAAAAAUACACAGCAAGCAGACAUGCAACUUUCUUUGAUUGUGUCAUGGUUUUUAGACUGAUCUCAAAAGCAGACUAAUUAUCUUCCCAUUGCAAUCUGGCUAAAAUCAGGUUUCAAAUGAGAGGAGGCCAUUGGGCACAUCAAGCACAUUGGCCUGCUAGUCGAUAACUGAUUAGAGGCUGUAAUCCAGCCCCUUCUUGAACGUAGCUAUAGAGUAUCAGCUUCAACAAUGGCUGGACAGUUUGUUCCAUGCUCCCACAACUGUUUGUGUAAAGAGAGGUUCAAAUUGACCUGAAGACUGAAGAGACUAUAAAUGUGCCCCUGGGACUCCUGUUUGACUGAAAGUGCUGGAUUCUGUCUUUUGAGCAAUAUGAUGUUUAUUUUCUCACUUUUCUAAUUGCGUUCAAAAAAUGCAGCUAAGACAUAUGAACUUUUGUUUAAAAAGAAAUUAGCUUGAAAAAACUGCACAGCAAAUUUGACAUCAACGAUAGAUCUGGACAGAGGUGUCUCUUCUGAGGGCAUCUCUAGUACAGUAAAGAGUACUGAGUGCAGUAGAACAUGUUAAAAACUCAGAUUUUCUUUUAUUAAAUCAUAAUGGGAAUUAAUGUUAUGGAAGUAAUUCAUAUUAAAUGUCUUCCCUCUUCUGUUUCAGAAUUAGAUCACUGUUGUUAUUUAUUCAGUAUCUGCUAAUAGGCCUUGACGAUGUAAUCUUGUAAGAGUGUGAUGACUCCCAGGCUGAUGAAAGACAUUACUUGAUCGGAAGCUCAGAUAUGUACUCCCAGUGGCUGCGAGUGGAUGGACAGGUUUAUCUUUCACAUUCACAGCCCUCUCUCUUGGACAAAACCUGUCUUGUGCUCUUCCCGGAGUUCUGCUGCAUCCCUGGAUCAAUCCAAACCUCUCCUCUCCCCCAAAGAAGACCUCCAUCUUUUUGUAAGGUCUUGAAGAUAGCACCAGAGGUCCUGUCUCUCCAAAGAGAACAUAAACAGGACAAAUGUGUUAAUUUUAGUUGGAAGAAAAAUAAAUGAAAAAGCACUGUG